AUGGACUCCCUUUUACGAUGGUCAAUCGAGAAUUCCACUCCGCUAGACAGCGCGCCUGGCGAUCGUCCACCUGUUCAGAGGCAGGAUCUAAACCCGGAGAUCAUUGACAUGAUAUUAGGCAAGCCCGAUGCAGAGUUGAUGAAGGAGGAUAUGGCCGUUGCGAUUGAUGCUACUCGGAGCGAGGACGACCGGAUAAAUGCUUUGGACCACCUUGAGAUGUUGAUUGAACAGAUUGAUAAUGCCAAUAACCUCGAAAAAUUGCGGCUUUGGGAACCACUGCAGUCCAUAUUGACUUCCGACGCCUCUUUAGAAAUUAGAAUGCAGGUGCUUUGGGUCAUUGGGACAUCUGUCCAAAACAAUCCAGCAGCACAAGAUGUAUACCUUAAAUACCAACCCCUCCCCACCCUCGUCUCCUUCCUCACCCCAUCGCCCUCCUCGACACUACAAAUCCGUUCUAAAGUCAUAUACGCGCUUUCUGGGCUUCUGAAGCAUAACGCUGCUGCCGUCGUAGAACUCGGCAGGCCGGAAGUCGAUGGGUGGGCAAAGUUGCGCGAAGCCCUCCAAGAUCCCGAAAUUUCCGUUCGCCGAAAGACAAUAUUCCUCUUCCACUCCCUCCUCAUCCCAACCUCCCCCUCGGACUUACUCCUCCACCUACCAAAACUCAUUGAAGACGACCCAACCCACCCGCCUUCCGCUACUGACGGCCCAAGCCUUCUAACACCUGACGACCAACCCGCCUCGGCUGCACCGAUCCACCCCAACUCACACGCAGCGCAUCUCGCUAACCCAAGUCGGACCAAUACAUGCCAGUAUACAUUCACUGCGCUGCGUGAGCACAAUAUACUGGACGCGGUCAUCAACGCCGUGACGUCCCCAGUGCCCUUUGGUGAAGACGGAGAGAACGUGGAGGCCGACCCAGAUUUUGAAGAGAAGGGUGUAAGGUUGCUUCAGACAUAUGCUGUUACGUGUGGUGGUGCUCUCUCGCGUACACAAAAGGCAACCCUCAAGACAUGGUUCGAGGCAGAAAGGAAAGCGAAGGGAAGUGAGGAUGAAUUGCUGUCGAGUUGGAAUUUUACGGCUGCAGAAUUCAAGGAACUCAUUGGACGACUAAAUUAG